GCGGCUUGGGCUUGCGCUGCGCUUCGCGCGCCCCCCGCCCCCCUCUAUGAGGCAGAGGCCGCGGCGGCCGUUAGCGCUGUCGCUCCGGGGGCCGCGGCGGGCGGGGCUCCGGCGGGGCCCGGCCGAGUCCCCACCCCAGCCCGGCUCCCAGCCGCCCGCCCUCCCUCCCUCUCCCCGAUGCAGGGGGCCGAGCUCCGGGAUGGCGAGGCGGCGGCAGCGGCCGCUUCGUACCGCGUCUUGAGCCGCCUCCUAGGCUACGGAGAGGCGGCCCCCGAGCCAGGCCUGCCGCCGCCGUCCCCGAGCCAUGGCCCCCCGCCGCCACCCUUCCUCUCGCGGUCCGGCCCGCGGGGCUCCCGGCCGCCUCAGCUGAUGGUGUUCCGCAACGUGGGUCGGCCGCCUGAGGAGGAGGACGCGGAGGCGGCCCCGGAGUCGCGAUCCUCGGAACUGCUGUGUCCCCGGCACCGCUGUGCCCUGGACCCCAAGGCCCUGCCGCCGGGGUUGGCACUCGAGCGGACCUGGGGCCCCGCGGCUGGACUAGAGGCGCAGUUGGCAGCUCUAGGGCUUGGGCAACCGGUGGGGCCAGGGGUCAAGACGGUCGGUGGGGGUUGCUGCCCGUGCCCGUGCCCCCCGCAGCCGCCCCCUCCCCAGCCGCAGCCGCCUGCUGCCACCCCACAGGCCGGGGAGGACCCCACAGAAACAAGCGACGCGCUCCUGGUCCUAGAGGGGCUAGAAUCGGAGGCCGAGAGCCUGGAGACUAACAGCUGCUCGGAAGAGGAGCUCAGCAGCCCGGGCCGUGGAGGAGGCGGCGGCGGCCGACUUCUGCUGCAGCCCCCAGGCCCUGAAUUACCCUCGGCGCCCUUCCCGUUGCAGGACUUGGCCCCUCCAGGGCGCCUGAGUAGAGGGGAACAGCAGCAGCAGCCUCCCCCGCCACUACCACCUCCGGGGCCCCUCCGGCCACUCGCAGGCCCUUCUCGGAAGGGGUCAUUUAAAAUCCGCCUCAGUCGUCUCUUUCGCACGAAGAGCUGCAAUGGUGGCUCCGGCGGUGGGAAUGGGACCGGCAAGAGGCCUUCUGGAGAGCUGGCUGCUUCAGCUGCGAGCCUGACAGACAUGGGAGGCUCUGCGGGCCGGGAGCUAGACGCGGGGAGGAAAACCAGGUUGACAAGAACUCAAAGUGCCUUUUCUCCGGUCUCCUUCAGCCCCCUGUUCACAGGUGAAACAGUGUCACUUGUGGAUGUGGACAUUUCUCAGCGGGGCCUGACCUCUCCACACCCUCCAACUCCCCCUCCUCCUCCAAGAAGAAGCCUCAGCCUUCUAGAUGAUAUCAGUGGGACGCUGCAUUCAUCUGUCCUUGUGGCUCCGAUGGGGUCUUCCUUGCAGUCUUUCCCCCUACCUCCGCCUCCUCCACCCCAUGCCCCAGAUGCAUUUCCCCGGAUUGGUCCCAUCCGAGCAGCUGAAUCCCUACACAGCCAACCUCCCCAGCACCUCCAGUGUCCCCUCUACCGGCCUGACUCAAGCAGCUUUGCAGCUAGCCUUCGAGAGUUGGAGAAAUGUGGUUGGUAUUGGGGGCCGAUGAAUUGGGAAGAUGCAGAGAUGAAGCUGAAAGGGAAACCAGAUGGUUCUUUCUUGGUACGAGACAGUUCUGAUCCUCGUUAUAUCCUGAGCCUCAGUUUCAGAUCACAGGGUAUCACCCACCACACUAGAAUGGAGCACUACAGAGGAACUUUCAGCCUGUGGUGUCAUCCCAAGUUUGAAGAUCGCUGUCAAUCUGUUGUAGAGUUUAUUAAAAGAGCCAUCAUGCACUCUAAGAAUGGGAAGUUUCUCUACUUCUUAAGAUCCAGAGUUCCAGGACUUCCACCAACUCCUGUCCAGCUGCUCUAUCCAGUGUCCCGUUUCAGCAAUGUCAAAUCCCUCCAGCACCUUUGCAGAUUCCGGAUCCGGCAGCUUGUCAGGAUAGAUCACAUCCCGGAUCUCCCACUGCCUAAACCUCUGAUUUCUUAUAUCCGAAAGUUCUACUACUAUGAUCCUCAGGAAGAGGUGUACCUGUCUCUAAAGGAAGCGCAGCUCAUUUCCAAACAGAAGCAGGAGGUAGAACCCUCCACGUAGCGAGGGAGGGGCCCCCUGCUAAUCGCCACCAACGGCAUUUGGUUGCCAAGUUCCAGUUUUGAAGAACCAAAUGAAGCUACCAUGACGAAAAUCAAGAGGGAAUAGGAAGGGUUGGGAUUCUUUGCGCAAAAAGUUUGGUUCCCCUUCACAGCCCUGGGGCUUGGAAGAAGCACACAACCAUAAUACUCUGAGUGGGGGCUCCACUGCUCACGUCCACUCGUGCGGCGUCCUAGAACUGGAAAAGCUCCUUGGAAAACUGGAAGAAGUCUCAACACUGUUUCUUUUUUAGAACUUUUGAUUUUGAUGUUUGUAUUUCUUGGUAUGGAAAAAUUAAUCUCGAAGGCAGCUGGAAUUUGUACUCAUUGGAUUAAAAGUGGUAUGAGGAGUGAGCAGGUCCAAAGAAGGGGAGGGAGGAGAGCAGUCAUGAAGCUGGUGCCAAAGGCAGAGUUAGAGUCUCCACCAGGGACCUUGAAGAAGGCAGGAGCAAACAGGAUUAGAGGUGUCUGAGGGAAGGUGAAUAUGCUUCUCAUUGCCAUGGGUAAUCUCAGUAGGAGCAGGAGAGAAAGGAGGAUGGGUGGUCUUAAAGAGAAGAUUAUUGAACACAAACUGGCAAAUGGUCUUUGCUGUGGAAAGUAGUGAUACCCUGCAUCCUUUCAUUUUAAGAUUUAAGAAAAUGAUUUUGGAAUCAACUUUCAUGGAAGCUGUAUUAGUUUCAUUCUGUUUAUUCCUUAAGCUCUGUGACCUGAAAUUAACCCUGUUCUUCUUACAUCCUCAGCCCAUUACCCCUGGAGAUAACUAUACAUUUCACUGUGGUCAUGGUAACCUCAUUUCUAUUGCUUCUGCCAGCUGUCAGGGCAAUAGUGUUUCUCAUCACCUGAGCAGUUCAGAGCCAAUCAUGGGCUGCUGAGGUUAAUGAAGCAUGCUUCUAGAUUCUUAAUGGCAAAUUGUACCCAUGACUUAGGAGUCAGCGUUACUUCCAUGUGUCUGUCAGCUAGUGAGAGGGAAUGUGGAGGAAGGUGAGAAACAAAACUAUGGAUAGCUGUGCUCUUCCUAGAGAAAGCUCUCUAGCAAUUCAACCCUAAAAGGAUUUCCUUAGAUCAGAGGAGAAAAGUAUCACAUCUCCUGUUUUUAGGCUAUUGUCCCACUUCUGGGAUGGGAGGUGGCAAUAGCUUCUUAAUUUUCCUUUGUUUAGACUGGCAACCCAAACAUGUCCUGAAGCAUGUAUGUUGGCCUUCCAUUCAUUGGGAAGUCUGUUAGAUGCUGAUUUGAGAGUUGUCUGUCUUCCUGGUAGAUGUGGGGGGGGGGUGGAGGGGAGAAAAACUCCAGUGGUCUUUUAAUUGUUUCUGCAGCUGGCCAUUGACAAAUUAUAUGACAUUUAUGGUGUGCUUUCCUAUGGAGUUACUCUGGGGAGAGGUUUGUUAUUGAAAUGUGACAAUUGAGCUGUUGGGUCUUUAUUAGUCUUGCAGUAAGUUUUCCAUGAAAUUGCCUCAUUUGGGUUCCCCGUAUUUAUAUUUGCUUCAUCUCACAAGAUAAAUAAUGUCAGGUUUAUGGUUUCCUGAUGGUUUGGGGUGAGGCUCCAGUGUCUUGAUAAUUUAUAGAACUGCCUGUCUGGAAGCAUUGGGCCUAAUGUCCUGCAGGGAAUGACCAGCUUCUCCUACUAGCUGAAAAGGGAGGAAACUUGUAUCAUUAUCUGGCUAUAAAGAGGUGGCCUAUAAGAUGAGCUUUGCAGCAUAAACACAGCCCAUCUCUGAUUCACUAUGUGGUACCUCUUCUCUCCUUGGCUUCCAUGACAGUAUUAUCUACCAAGUAAGAUUGUGAUUCCAGAAAUUGGCUUACCCUGUGAGUCUUGCCUAUGGAGAGGGCAUGUGACUCUCCAUUUUGCAGAAAGUAUCACCCCACUGUAAAGCCUGAAGUCUGGAAUUCAUUGAGAUCCUCAAAUGGCUAAUAGGCAACUGGAUCUUUUUUAUUUGUCCCAUUUCAGCCAAUCAUAAUUUUAAAAUUAUUUUUUGGUGUGUGUUUGUCUGGCUUGGUACUGGAUAAUGCGGAAAACAUAGAGGUGGAAGGCAUGAUCUGUGGCAUAAGGGAGCUUUUAGGUGACUGCCACACAUGAAGCAAUUGGAAAAUGAUUCAUUGUGGCAGAAAAUCAAGAACUGUCUUUAACGAUGAUUGGAGUUAAAGACUAGAUGAUGUGGGCAAGGUCCAUGCUGAUGAGGCUUUGGCUUAUAGGUGAGGGCAAAACAAUGAGAUGAGAAACACAUGAACAAAAAAUAAGGAAGCAGAAGUCUACAUGGCAUGUACUGAAGAAUACACAGUCCUAUUGGAGCAACCAUGUUCAAGAAUCCUUUUCCAGUGCAGUGGUCUAUACUGAGACUUCAGUCAUCAGGUCUUCAUAGUAUGGUAGAGCCCAAAGCUGGAAGUCAUAAGGGUUCAAGCCAUCAUCAGGAACUUCAGCUCAUGUGCGGGAGGCAGAGCCUCUGCACCUCCUUGGGACUGGGGUUUCUACUGGAGAACUUGUACACUCAGGUAUAAAACCAAACUAGCUGAAGAGGCAUGACCCAACCUCCCCAGCCACCUCUCACCUCCUGGGAGGGUAGUGUUUAAUUGACUGUGAUCUGUGCUGAAGUUCCUUAGAGUGGGCCAAAACAGAGGAGACCAACUCCAUGGGGCAUGGGUGUUUGCUGCCUGCGUGGGUGGCCUUGUGUAGAGCAAGUUAGGUGAAGGGGAGGUGCAGGGCUCAGCUUGUUUUCUGGGGACAUGGUCAGAGAGGGAACAGGAAUAGCAGGGCCAGUGGUUAGCACUUGCCCUUCCCCUCCCUUGGCCAGCCUACCCAUUUUGCCAGCUGUGCAGCACUAAUUGAAAUGCAGUCUACAGAGGGAACACAUUCCUUUCUGGUUGUUGUAUAGUCACAAACUGAAAAAGGCACUCACUUCUAGGGACCCACUGUUGAUUGGGUUAAUGUCAGUAGUCCCAGGCCCAGCAUGUGUAACCGUCACUUGUUUAUGACUGAUCUACUGUAACCUUCCUUAGGUCAGGUGAGCUGACAACUACUGCUGCAGUUGCUCAACUAAUGUGAGCUGGUGACAACUACUGCUCCAACUUGCUGUUUCUUGAAAUUUGUGUGCUGUUUUCAGAGCAUGGGAAUAGUUUUGGUAUGGGAGACUGGAUAAAUGGAUGACAGCUGGCUCUUAAGGGAGUUUGGGACCAUUGGUGAUGACCUUGCCCUGGUCACCUGCCCAUGCCCCAUGAAGUGAAUAUAACACCCUGGAAUGGGAGGCAUGUGGAAGAAAGGCUUGGCCAAAGGGAGCUCACCUCCUGCUCCUUCCUCCUUUCCUGCUUCUCACUUGGGCUGAUCAUGUAAGCCCCUUCUUGAGCCUGGCAGUGAUGUCGAAGCAGCUGCAAAUUCCCUAUAACACAUUCAGGAAGAACUGGGGAAAGCGGCUGGUUAGAGUUUCCAGACCCAGGGUGAGAGAUUGGAGUAGAGCUAAAAGUACCCUGGGGUGCUGGCCCUGUCAGCUCUCACCUCUGGUCUCAGUAGAAAGUGGAGAGAGGAGGGACAUUGUCCUUAUGUAACAUCCUUCCCUUCCCUGCUGCCUCUGCUGUAGCUUUGGACCCCUGAGUACAGCAAGUUAGAUAAAUGGGAAGUUGGUGGUUGAGGCCCUGGGAGGUAGCUGUGUGGCUGCUGAAAGGUGGUCUAAAAGUCUGUGUGAGUGUGUGUGUAUGUAUGUAUGUACGUGUGUGCGUGUCUUCAUUUGCCUAAGUCUUGCUGCCAGUUGGGGUGUUGAGCGCAUCUCCAGUGGAAGAAGACCCUGCAUUUGUUUUUUACUUUUAAGAGAAUGACAUGCCCCCUGUCAGCAAGGGAGGAGCUUUUGAGUUAGACAUUUUCCCUAUGGGAAUCCUCUUGGUUUGGUUUGUGGGAAAGGGGGGAAUGGAUGAGUGAUUUUUAUCUCUAAUUGUCAACACAGCUGUUCUUACACUGAAUUUGUGCUAUUGCAUACAUGUAGCCAUCUUUCUUUUCACUGCAGCAGUGUUUAUCAGUAGUUCAAAAUGAUUUAUUUGCUCCUGGGGAGUAAAACCUUUUUUAUUAAAAAAGAAAAAGAAAAAAAAAAAGUGUGCCCCCACCUACACCUAUGAUAGCUAUAGGAUAUUGGGCUACAAAGGUCAAGUCUGCAAGUCCCUGUGAUAUAUCCUGUUUUGACGUUGGCGCCUUCAUGCUCAGCACAAACGAACAGGAAGUCUUGGGAGGAGUGAGAUGGGGGUUGGAUCAUAGUCACAGGCCAUGGGGACUCAGGUACUGCAGUUAGAAAAAUAGAGUGAUGAGUUGUAUUUAAAAUGUUGAUUCUCUAAUCUGCCAGAAAAAGACCUUUCUUUACGUGCAGAUUUCUUAUUGUCCUUGUCCUUUUCAUUGCUUCUUGACCUUCCUGGUAGGUGUCACCCAGUUUCUUCCUGUUCCCUUCCUGUUUCUCUCUACACCUUCUUCCAUCCCUCUCCACUCCCAUCUACCUCCCGGGAAGCCAGUCCUGCAUGCUGAAUUUGUAACAUGCCUUCACUCCAUUUCAUCUUUAGAGGGUUUAGAGGGUACUUGGAACCACUCUCUUUCCCCUUCCCACUCCCUCUUCUGCAACGCCAAGAGGCAUCUAGGGGCAGGCAAAAAGCCAGCCAUUGGUGGGAAGACAUGCAUGUUUGGUUGCAGCUGGACUGCAAUCGUAGUUGCUUCUGGAGAUAAGAGUGUAAGGAAGGCUUGGACACUCUCCUUUAGAAUCUGGGAUAAUCACAAACCACACAGCCCCUCUCAGAGUUGCGUCCUUAGCUCCCUAAUCAGCUCAGGGGGAGUGGGAAGGCUGGUCUGAAUACUCCCAUCUCUGGUGCUCUCUUGGACAGGGGCCUGCCCUUCACUCUUGGGCCCAGAACUUUGUCCAAGGGAUAGGCAGGGUCUAGGCACCACUCUGGGUAAACCAGUUGUUGGAAUGCCCAAACUGGUGCUGCCUGUGGCACAGCCACUGCUGUACAUUUUUGGUUUUUAAGAAACUCAAAGAGGGGUGUCAUUCUGGGCUCAGGGUGGUUGCCAGUUCUUCCCCAGAAGGGGUACCCCACCCCACUGCAACCACUUCUGUCCCCUUUAGCCCCCCUGCCCUCCAAGCCAAAGCAUGGCCUGGCUUUUGUCUUCCCAUUUAGUUGUCCCCCUUUACUCUCCCUUUUUGUGCUUAAUUUAUUAAAAUAGUUGCUGUAUAAUUUAUUUUCAUAAGCUAUAAAAAAUUACUAAAUGGUUAAAAUAGACUUGCAGGCCAAUCUUAAAUGGGGUGGGAGGGUCUGAGGGCGGGAUGGGAAAGAUGUUUUGAUAUAAACAAAACAAUGCACUUUGGGUGUGUUUUGGUAUUUUUCUGGGGAUGGAAGGGGUGGGCGUUGGGAUGUCCCUAUAGAUUAGUUCCAGAAUGGGGUGUCUGUAUAUACUGUAUUCAUAGGCAUGUUUGACUCUCAUAAAGGGACAUUAGUAGCUGCUGCAGGUACUGUUUGGAAACCCCAUGUGCAAUUCCCAGUUUUUUGUAAGUGUCAGUGCGGGAGACAUUUGACUCUUGUGUUUGUAUCUCCUUUUUAUGAUUGCUGUACCGACCCAUGUCUUUUUGGGGAGGGUAAAAAGAGAUUUGAAAUAAAAAUGUUUAGAAAUUA